UGAUAUCGUAUUGAAAUCAGAAUAUAUUUUUAAAUCGAAAGUGAAUUCGUUCAUUUUAAAAAGGGACCUAAACAUGUGGGACAUUUAAUCACGCUGGUCGGCCCCGAGCUCCUUUAUUGCUACCCGGGUCAAAUCUCCGCUGCCGGCGCAUUUGAGUUAGAGAUGGCGGAAGGUGCUCCAUGGUGUGAUAAGUCGGAUGAUGAACGUAUCCCACGCGGCCUUUACAGUCGUCACUCUCUAAUUCAGUGUGAAAAUGCCUCCGUAGAGAUAUGCACCGUGAUGAACUGCCUGGGGUAUGGACUGGAGAUAAGACAGGCGCGGAGAAAUGCCUACAGGGAGCGGGAUAGGCUGUUGAAUGAACGGACGCGUAGAACAAUAUUAAUAACAACGGGAAGCAAUGCAGAGGGAUUAACAGGCAUAUUUGAAAGUGACAUAGAUCAAAUGCAUGAAAUAAAAGGCAUCAUGUGUUUAGAAGAAGGUGUUAAUUCUGACAUAUUACCCAAUGGCACUAUAGUAUUUCCAUUAAAUAGCGACUUGUGCUACCACGGACACUGUAAGCUUUAUUUACUUGAGCGACUUGGUUCAAUCAUUUCAAAAAAAUUGCGCGAUUUCAUGUGCGAUGAUGAAAAUGGACAUGUUCUGUUGAGUAGUGCUUUAUUUUUUGAUUUUUACGAUCACAUGGAAAAUAAUGUUCCUGGACAGGUGUUAUAUGAACGCGCAGGGCCAUCAAAGCCGUCUUCAUUUGGGCCAAUGCAUAGAGACACGGUCCCUUCUUUACGCUGUCACUGUCCUGGAAUUCUAUUGAGAUGGGCAGAACGUAGUCGUCAUUGGCCACCACCGGAUAUCGUUCAAAAAGUCGUAACCAUGGGAGCAUUUGUGGUACCUGUUGGAUUUAAGGGUAGCGAAUAUCAACAUUUUGAAUGGAGGAUUUGUUUUAAUGCGGGUGAGAAUGAACUUGUGAGCAAUCUUAAUAACACCCAGGUGUACAUUUAUGUUAUAUUGAAAAUGGUGGUUAAAGAUGUGUUAAAGCCAGUAAAGAAAGAAAUUACAUCAUACACAGUGAAAAACAUAGUUUUUUGGUUAGCGGAAAACAAUCAACAAGCACGAUUCGGUGAAAGUAGUUUGUUUUAUUGGCUUCGGGAAGGACUAAAACAACUUAGAACGGCAAUAUUAAUGAUCCAUCUGCCCUAUUAUAUGAUACCAGAAAGGAACAUAAUGGCGGCUUGCGGACUUGAUGAAGAGCAAAAGAAUACCUUUGUAAAAACUAUUACUGACAUGAUGAACGAAGGUCAGAAGAUAUUACUUAGAUUGCCGAAGCUACGGAUGGCCAUAAUAGCGCACCCAGAACCACUGAUGUGGUAUAGCAAGAAGAGAGUGGAGCUUGAACUGGUAAACCUGCAGUACACAAACAGAUCAAUGCAGUGCCUGUUUAAUAAUGGCGUGGUAAACACAUCAUUUCUAUGGGAUCCUAUCUCGCAGGCGCUAGAGAAACGUCAAAUUGAGAUAGUGGAAGAGGUCGUUCAAAGGAUGAAUUUGGAAGGAAGUUGGUUUCUUGAUCUAGCGGAGAUAGGUAUAACGAUGAUGAAGUAAUUUCCGUAGUAUGAAAUGGGCGAACAUGACAAUAACGCUCUUUAUAAUACUUUGUCUAGUCUUCAAAAGAUGUAUUUAUGAAUUAUUGUUUCUAUGUGUAUGUCUUUGUAAAGCUGAUACCUUUAAACGACAAAUGUUGUAAAGUACAUAAGUAAUCACUCGUUUCAACAGACCGUCUAUACGGACAUAUUCCUUGACAGUAUUGAUACAUAUGUCGCUAUUUCUUGUUUACCAGUAUCUGCCCAAAGUGCUGAAAUGUCUUGGGUCAUUUUUUCACUUAUGAACAUGUAUGGUAAUCAAAGUGUGUCAGUCUGUUCUCCCAUUGUAUAAUAAUGCAAUGACAACUGAUUUAUACCGUGGGAUUAUUGCAAUUCCUACGGCUUCGGUCCAUAUACGGUUUGUGGCUGCCUGGCUGGUCACUAUAAUGCCAUAGGGACCUCAGUGGAGUUUACUAUUUCUUAAAUAUUCGCUGACGACGUGGUCUUAUUUUAUGAAACACAGGAUGGUCUUCAAGUUAACGUUGAACAAAAACCAAGGGAAAGGGUAUCCCGGAAAAUAGGGCGGGACAAAUAGUAAAACGAUCAGAUUUACAUAUACAGGUUAAGCUUUAAAAAGUGUAAACAAUUGCAACCACCUUGGAAUUUUUUUUAAGCGGCUGAUCAUUUGUGACAGCAACAAAUACAUUAUUUGGCAAAGCAUUAAAAGCAAUGCAUUCCUAGUUUACCUGAACAAAAAACAUGGGCGUUAAUAUAAAUAACAUCUUUAACGUUUUAAACGCAAACGUAUUAUCAGGUUUGAAUUUAAACGUUUAAAAAAGACUAGGAAAUGUUAAAAUAAUAACCAUUUCAUUAGGGCUAUAUGCCGAAAAUGGUCGAUAUCUUUUGUUCUAACAGAUAUAUUAGCCAAAAGCCUUGUUUUUUUUAUCUAAGUACUGUGAAAAACAGGGAUAUUGUAUUCGUAAAAAUUAUGCAUAAUUACAGAGAUAAGAAAUAAGAAUACAAAAAGAAACCGCAUCAAAAGUACGGGACAUUUUAACCACACCGGUUUUACCGAUGAAUGGCUUUUUACUGAAUCUGUGAACACUGUUCGAGUUAUACCGGUAAUAAAAAACAAAAUACGAUACCAGUAAAUCAUUAAUUGGAAUACAGUGUUACGUCGUCUAGUUCAAUGAUUUUAUAUAAGGGACUAAAUCCUGUAUUUGAAAGAUCAUCGUAUUUUGAUAUUGGUGAUAACUAAACUCAUAGGAACAUUACAAUUAAAUAACGUUUGUCGUCUCGCAAAUUAUCUAUAGAAAUGGAAAGACACCAAACCAUUGUCAGAGAUCAACGCAAAUGUGUGUUAUAUAAUCUAACCAAAAAUGUUAAGGUUUGUCGACUUACUGAAUAGCUACAAUGAAAUAGUGUUAAGAAAAUUAAUAGUGAAUACAACAUAUGUUACAUAUGUUGUUUAAAAUAUUAAUAUAUUUCCACUUAAUAAAUUAGUUUCUUAAUAAUGUAUUAAGUUUUGAAAUUAUUUAACUACAUUAUGUAGUCCAUAUGUGUGUACUUCAUGCAUGUGCCAUUGUCACGAAAACAUGUUUAUUUGUUGUUUUACAUGGUACUCGCCGAUUAUCUAAGAAGGGAAACAAAUUAGCGUAGCGCAAUAAACAAUUGCCAAAUAAGAAAAAUGACACAACGCGAACCAAAGUGAAACAUUAUAAAACG